ACUGCCCCAAAAUUCACACUGUUUGUGUAUAUAGGGCAGGAGAAGGAAUAUCGGCAUCUACGGCUACAUGUAAAUUCUUUGGAAAUAUUAUUCAGACACCAUAUUUCGUGGAGUUUGUCCUCACACCUUUCAGAAUGUCACCAGCACCGGUUCUAGACAGUUUUCUAGGCAUGGAGGUGCUUUCUCAGCCCCAACUCAAGCGACUGAAGGAGCACAAAUACAGCGCCGAGGGGAAGUCGUUCGCGGAGCCCGUCAUGCAAGUUUUCUGGUGCUGGCUUGUGGAGCAGAUCCCGCGGACCAUCGCACCGAACACCAUCACGAUCAUUGGGCUAACCGCUAACAUAAUCUCUACUUUGAUACUUAUUUUCUAUUGUCCAACUGCAACAGAAAUGGCUCCACGCUGGGCGUAUGCCUUUGCAGCUUUGUGCUUGUUUGCAUACCAAUCACUGGACGCCAUAGAUGGAAAGCAAGCGAGGCGAACAAACUCCAGUACGCAGCUCGGAGAACUCUUUGACCAUGGCUGUGAUGCAGUAUCCAUUGUUUAUGUGAGUAUAGGAGUAUGUACUGCAAUGCAGCUUGGGACCCAUCCAUGGCUGUCCUUUUUGACGUGUGGAACAGCUUGCUUUGUCUACUUCACGGCCCAUUGGCAGACGUAUGUCUGUGGAACUCUCAAGUUUGGAAAAUUAGAUGUUACAGAAGGACAACUAGGUUUUUGCGCUGUUUAUCUCACUGCAGCCUUCUUUGGACCAGACGUCUGGAUUAAAAAGAUCCCAUUUUUGGAUGCAGAGGUGAAAGCAGUAACCACCAUAUCCGGUCUCUUAGGUUCAUGGUUUGGAAUCUACAAUCACGUAAGGGUCAUUUUUGGAGGGGGCAAAGGUCGUAAUGGAUCCACAGUCGCGGACACCAGUGUAAUAACACCAUUUUUCCACAUUGGCGCCGUCAUGCUGCUCUACUUUACCAUAUGGCAAAAGUCAAAGACGGCCAUCUUCGAAAGACAGCCUUGUAUGUACAUGUUAAUGUUUGGCAUGCUCUCUGCAAAAAUCUCUAUUAAAUUAGUGGUUGCUCAUAUGACGAGAAGUGGGAUAAAUUUCUUGGAUACAGCAUUCAUAGGACCAGGUCUUCUCUUCUUAAACCAGUACCUGGAUACAUUGAUCUCAGAAGACUAUGUAUUAUGGCUAGCAUUGAUUUGGUGUACGUGUGACCUUAUUCGCUACUGCAUCGGCCUCUGUAAUCAGGUAUCUCAAUUUCUUGGUAUUUACACGUUCGACAUUACGAGUAAACCUGUUCCAUCUGAGCAGAGAACGGGAGUCACAACGAGACGUCAGGCGAAGCUAGCGGCACAAUGAGAUAAUCUCCGUUUGUGAUCUGCCACCCCUAAACCAACAAUAAAUCACCUAAAAUUAUUAAUGAGAUAUCCAUUUGGCUUAAAAAAAGCACAUCUUAGGCUUUGACAUGAUAUAUAUAAAUUGUCAAAAUAGGUCAACAAUAACCCACUCAUGUACUUGAUUGGAAAAAGAAUAAUUUCAACGGGAGAUCUUGGAAAUGAGGAGAAAACAAGGUUUGAAGUUGGGGUGCACUCAAGCAUGAGAUGUGCACUUGUGCAAUCUUGGUGAAACUUUGCAGCAGUCGGGGGGGGGGGGGAUAGUGUCCCCCCAAAAAAUCUUGUAUAUCGUCUUUUAUUUAGCUUUGCAACUUCUAAUUUUGACAGUAUGAAGAAAAAAUACUCUAUGGGCUAAUAUUCUAUUUUUCUUUUUGAAGACCAAAUAAUAAGCCAGUUCACGGUUAGCUCAUGAUCAACUUUUCUCAAAUGGCCUUUGUGAUUUUUCAUUAGGAUAAGCGCUAUCAUUUUCAAAUGUAGAUGUUGCGUAAGCUUUACCGGUAGAGUAUUCAAAUUCUAAGAACAAAAUGCAUUGUAUAGACCAGGUGACUAGAAUAGUACAUCAGGGAUAAAGUUUGGAAAUCUGUUUAUUGUCUGCCUUUGGCACAUUUGACUAUUGUUUAGGCUAGUGUCAAAUACCAGUGAUUAUGAAGGCUCUAUUUAUUACUCUUCAGCUUGGAUGUGAUAAAUAUUUUGAAAGGAAUACAUGAAUAAUCAUCAAAUCACAAAUGCCUAUGUCAGUGAAUUUGAAAGCCACCUUCAUGGUUGUCUCCAAUGACCUUUUUCUGCUCGUGCGCAGUUUACAACCGUGAACAGGCUUAUUAUUUUGGCUAUUUUACAGAGAACCUUCCCUGGCAACCUAUUGUCAGUUUGGGGGUGGCUGGUCAUUGGCUGUUGUAAUGUGUGAUCAUUCUAUGUACAGUUCAUAUUAUAUUUCUGGCAAUUUGAAAAAAAAAAUCCAAUGCUUUCGCAUCGUGUAAUUAUUCUUUAAACUGUGUCAUGUUGAUUGUAUUGCAGGCAUAUUUUCUCUCUAUAACCUUAUUGAAUCGAAGGAAAUUAUUUUGAAAAUAAUGGGUGUGAUGAUAAUGACUUAUUUUAAUUUAAUCUUUAAAAAGAGAAUUUCUAUUACAAUACCAAUGUGAACCAGUUGUUACUCUUCAUUUUAAAGGUGCACGAUCCCCAAAUUCAAGAGGGCACUUAUAGACAUAUGCACGCGCUGCGGAAAGCGCUAGCUGCCCAUUGACACCACCGUUAUAUGACGCGUACGCAGAUGCCAUGUUCCGAAUGCCCAAACUCAAUUAUACUCAGUUCGCGUAUGCUUCGGCUGCUGUUAGAAGAUCUGGGCAGAAUGGCUCAACCUCCUUCGGCUGUGCGAGGUGACGUCAGCAGAUGAUUGGGCCAACGCCAAUGUAGCCAAAAGUAGUGCAGUACAUGUGCACUGUGCUGUAAGGCUGGCUGAUGAUUGACAGCUGCAUGCAAAUUACUUGGAUGAUCUUCGUAAUGAAGAUAAUAAUAAUAAUAAUAGCCAAGUUUUAUAUAGCGCUUUUCCCAGAACGGCUCAAAGCGCUUUACAGCAUAUUACCCCGGUCAUUAGAUUUCAAUUCUGCACGAAAAGUGCACAAUUUCCACUCCCUGGGGAGCAUUCCUUGCAUUCAUCGCAGCGUCAUUAUGGCGCUGGCAGAUUCAAACAUACAAUAUCGUUCGCAUCCUACCGGGUACCCAUUUAGCACCUGGGUCAAGAGUGGCAAAGUGUGGAUUAACGCCUUGCCAAAGGACGCUAGACCGCGGUGGGAUUCAAACACACGACCCUCUGUUGACAAGGCGAGAGUCAGAACCACUACACCACGGCUCUUCCAAAAAGAUGGCAGCAAGUACAAAACCGUCCAACAGCGCCGGGGAUUUUGCACCUUCGAUAAAGAGAAAAUCAAAGAAAGAAGCAAUGGAGGAAAGAAGGGAGGAAGGAUGAUAGCAACAUACAACGGCUUGAAAAUAUAGAUUCAGUAGGUUCAUAGAUAUGCGCCCCAAGAAACUUCUGUUCAAAUUAUGUAAAUUUUACUAGAUUCCCUUUAGCAUCACGUUGAUAUCCAUAUUGAUAUGAAUGUCACAUGAAUUAAAUAGAAAGGGAUAUUCAACCACUUUGUUCUGUCCGAAUAGAAUAAUUAUUUGUGUUUUUCAUUUUGACAAUAUUUUACCUUAUAUUAAGGAAUUCCGUGCAUUUAAAAUAAAUGAUACUGAACUCAGGUUCUUAUUACUUUUUGCUUUGAUUGGGAUGGCUUUUAAGCUAUCAUGCACUACUUUUAUAUAUUCGGCUUCCUUUGAUAUGGCAGUAAGCGGGUCUGGGUAUUUAUAUGUCAAAGGUAAAACAAAUAUUAUUGAGGAAGAAAUAUAUAGAAAUACAAGGUACACAUAAUUGCGAUCAAGUUCAUGUCUAACAAGAAAAACAAAAAACAGAAUUUAGUUUUGUUUAUCUAGAGCAAGUGUAACAAGAAGACCUAAAAAGGAGAAUAUUUAAAAGCAAGUUCUUCAAUUGAAUUUGGUCACGAAAAUGAACUUUGAAACACAAACGUGAAUUGCUGAAAACGAGAUGCAUAGUGUUGUUAGAUACAAACAGAAGUCGGACUAUUUACCACAUUCAGAAAGAAUGUGAAGAUUUUUUUACCUGAGGAAUAGCAAUAUGCCUGCAUUUAGAAUAUUAAUUGUUUUCCAUAUUUUAUUUUUAAUCUGUAUAUUAAUAUUUCCAGUAGAAAAAAUGUGUGUGUGUCAGAAUUUUGCUGUUUGUUUUAUCAUUCUCUUUUAAUGAUAGUUCAGGUUUUACAAUAUUAAAUUAUGUUGAAAUGUCAUUGUUGAUUAAUUUCUCAUCAGUGUAAAAGAUAAAUGAAAUUUCUUAAACGCUUGAGCGCCGAGGCAGCCCAGUUAGCGCCAGGUAAUAACAAUAAUAGCAUGGCCUGCUGGGAGAACAGUUUUCAGAACUGAAGUAGCUACCCUGAGUAAAUAUGCCAUUAUUAUUAUUACCUUUACCACAACUUGCAUUUAUCUGUAAACUGUAAAGUAGCAUGGUAAAUCCCGCCGCCACCUUCUCCUGAAAAUCCUAGUUACUAAUACUACUUACUAGUAGUAUGCAUGAAGAUGCUCACAACAGCUUAAGGUACUUCCAUAUGUGUGUUCAAUAUUAUAUUGUUUAUUGUCAGCAAUACUGUAUAUGUUCCCAUCUUUUUCCUUGAAUUGAAAUGUUAAUUAAUCAUAAUUGCUCUUUGCAAUAUUCUUUUGGAAAUUGCUCAAAAAUCAUGCGACUGCCAUUCUCACCACAUGUUCCAUAAUAGCAAAUAGGGCUUCUCUUUGCAUAUUUGAGUAUCACAAAUGGUAAUUAUGAUUAGGUGAUUAUUGUCAACUUAUAUUAACAUCAUAUUUCCUACUGAGAAUAUAUCCCAAGUACAUGUCCAUCUAGAGGCAAUGUUGACCUCAUGAAUACAUUGCAAUCAUAUUCUGCAAAUUUCUUAAAAUUUCAUUUACAAAAUAAAUCAACAAUUGUGAUAAUACUCUCUUCUAUGUGAAUGAAUAGGUGUGUAUUCUGUCUUGUAGAUUAGUCUGCUGUGCAAACCCUUCACUUGAGAUUAAAGAGUCUGAAUGUGCAGCCUACAUUGACUUGUCCAGUGAAACAGCAAGUUUCAUAUGUGCUAGUCUUGUGUGAAGACCCAUUUCAAUGUUUCAAUCAGGUUCUGUGCCAGUAGACUACUUGUAGAUGGAUUUGUAUCUUUCGAAAAACUAUUGUGAAUAGAAUUUUGAUUUGGCUUUACUGGGCAUUCUUUAUUGUACACUGUACAAGACAAUAUAUUUGUACUCUUGAUUUGUCUUAACAUGCGUAUUUCAAGCAAUCUUACUCAUGUUUAUAUUGCAUAUGUCAAUAUUAAGCUCUGUCGCUCUGUAUUUACCUCUGUGUGGUAUUGUUCUGUCUUUCUUUGUAUGUAGCAGAGUAUAAUGUGAUCAGGGGCUGUUUGCACAAAACAGUUGCAUUUGAUCACAACUUUUAAAAAUGCAAGCAUCUGAUUUGUCGGAAAUCAAGUUGCAUGUGAUUUUUGGGGAAUUGGGAUUGAUUGCAACAUACUGCAGGGGUCCCCAGACCUGUAUGUAACCGUUGAGUAACGAUACUGUAAUUCUAAUGCUCUUUGUCGUCAUGUCUUAUCCCAUAAAGCUAUAUUCUGGAAUUGCAUAGCCCAGUAGUGGUGGAGAGGGGCUUAUUUGGUCCCCCACCCCUCAGAUCUUAGCUAUUGAUCAUGCGAUUGCGCCGGAAAUGAGCAGGCUGCCUACAAUAUGAACUACUAAAUUGUAUAAUAAAGUGUUCCAAAAUUGAUUAGAUUUGGUAUGCCUAUGUAUGUAUAAAAUUUGAAUUCGGCUGUAAAAUCUUGAAAUGAAGCUCAAAAAUUUGUCACCUAUCUUCAUUUUAUUUUUCCAUGGAUGCUCUUGAUAGAUAUUCCUUUAACAUUUUAUCCAUCUUUUUUACAAAUAUGCUUCCUUCUUUUCUCUUGUGGAUGUGAAAUCCAAGGACUUAACGCCAGUUUUUUGUGUGACGUUGAUGAUAUAUGUCAAUUGAAAUCUUAUGAAUAAAAAGAGACGGGUUAUAUGAAAUAUUUCUUAUGCUGCAUGCUCCGUAAAUGACUAAUCUUAGAAUCUUUGAAAUCCUGCCUUUCAUGGAACAAGACUCUCUGGCCUGUAUUCUUACCUUGGGUUUAAUUCAAACUGGUCUAAAGGUCACCGCACACUUUACGACUGUUCGCGAUCCGAUUUUGGAACAAAUCGCAUUUUGCUCAUUUUCUGAAAUGUGUAUGGAACAUAUCAUUUUAUUUGAGGUUAAAAUUAAUUGAAAGAAUACUAAUAUAACCAUUUUGAAAGAUUGCAAGCCUUUAUUUUGGAGUAAAGGCCAUAUUAGUUUCAAAUCGUAGCCAAUCGUACGACUGCUAUGACGUCAUUACGACUAGAUAUUAAAUUUGCUUUUAUUCUAAGAAGGAUGAAAGCAUAGUCGCAGAUUUGAACAUAGGUAUUCGUACGAUGAUUUAGAACAUUACACAGUAAGAUAUUCCAUGUCUCAAUAUUAGCAUCAAAUUCUACUACAUUUUAUUCUGAAAUCGGGUCGCAGACCAAUCGUAAGGUGUGCGGUCGCCUUAAAGUUAUGGCUUAACCAGGGGUGGAUCCAGGAUUUUCCAAGGGGGGGGGGGCACAUUUUCCCCGAGGAAGAAUUUGACAAGCAAAAAAUAAAGGUUUUCAACCAAAAUUUAAGUACGUUUUCGUCCACAAAAAAAUUGACAAGCAAAAAAAAAGUCCCCACUUUCAAAGGGGGGGGGGGGGCACACUUGUGUUUUAACGGCAUUUUUACAUUACUGGCAUGAGCCGGCUGUGCACUAUAAAAGCACUGAAGUAUUAUGUUAAAUAUUACAAUUUGAUUCUAUCAUUUUACUCAACAUUGAAAUUAACAAGUUGGCGCACAGCUUUUUAUAUGGACUUGUGCUCAUAUUGUGUUCGCUAUCCUCAAUUUGAACAAUGAAAAAUCUUUAGUCAAAAUAGACAAUCUUUAAGGCCACCGCACAUCUUACGACUGUUCGCGAUCCGAUUUUGGAACAAAUCGCAUUUUGCUCAUUUUCUGAAAAUGUGAAUGGAACAUAUCAUUUUAUUUGAGAUUAAAUUCAAAUGAAUUGAAAGAAUACUGAUAUAACCAUUUUGAAAGAUUGCAAGCCUUUAUUUUGGAGUAAAGGCCAAAUUAGUUUCAAAUCGUAGCCAAUCGUACGACUGCUAUGACGUCAUUACGACUAGAUAUUAAAUUUGCUUUUAUUCUAAGAAGGAUGAAAGCAUAGUCGCAGAUUUGAACAUAGGUAUUCGUACGAUGAUUUAGAACAUUACACAGUAAGAUAUUCCAUGUCUCAAUAUUAGCAUCAAAUUCUACUACAUUUUAUUCUGAAAUCGGGUCGCAGACCAAUCGUAAGGUGUGCAGUCGCCUUUAGAUUGCCGAUACUGGGCAUUGUGUAAAAGUCCAUUUGAUUUGAGAAAGUCAAAAGAUGCAUGUAUCAAUCACAAUUGUAAUGUUGGCAUUGACAAUAUUUUGCGAUGACGUCAUCGUCUUACGUUUGUCAACUUCAAAGUUCUACAUUCAAUUGGUUAUAUAUCUAUUUUGUUAACUUUUUAAAUCCAAGCAUUAUAAUUUUUUUACUGACCCAUGGCUAAAGCCACAAUACAGAGAGUUAAUAUGCUUGUAGGCGAUGUAAAAAUGACUCUUUACACCUCCUAUAUUGAUAUGUGUGUGUUUUAUUUUAAUCAGAUUUCUUUAUAUACACUGUAUGAAGGCCCUGUUUAAAAUUCCAAAUUCCCAGUUCAUUCAAGAAAAAUACCAGAGAAAUUGUUAAUUGUAUAUUAAGGCUAUAAAUUUGGCUUUAGAAUACAAUGAUAAGACUUGCAGGUAACUCUACCCAGGUCGAAUCUCUUGGGACCAGAUCGAGAAAUAUGUUUGACUUGGGCAAAAUUUGACUGUGUAGAGGUAUAUAACAUGUUUUGAAUAAUCCGCUCUAAAAAAAUUGCUUUGACUUUUGCGAUUUUUUGAUGUAUGGAAGGUCGACUUAGGCAGAGGUACCGUUGUGUCAGCCAGGGCCAAGCUGAAAAGAUUUCUGCAAUAAAAAAGAUUUGGCUUUGGCAAAAUUAUCUGCAACUCUUUAAACAAUGCCCCUUGGCACACUAUCGGGUGGCAAAUGGUGAUGUGAUAGGCUCCAAGGUAUUGAUAAGCAGUAUUGUCAACAUAAAGCUUGUUUAAACAAUUUCAUGUGAAGUUUUAGAUAAAUCCACAGAAUUAACUAUGUAAAAAUUAUCUUGAACGCGAAUACGACGAUGCUAUUGAUGAAGACAGUAAAUGCAUGGUGGGCAAGUCUUGUGUGUUUGUACAUUAUACAAAUAAAUCAAGUUGGUGCGAAAGUGCCACGAUUCGUGAUUAACAUGAA